CAAGGCCUAAGUAGAAAAUUUGGGAAAGCCCGCAAAGCCAUAAACGAUUAAACCUCAGCAGCGAUCAGCACUCUGCAGCUGAUUUACACAAAAUCAAAACCCAAAAACGCAUCUGCGCUCUGACAAUGGCUUUUCUUGCUGCUGCUUCUCCUUCUUCUUCUUCUCAACUGCUUUUGCGACCCAAAAUUCCCAAACUUUCAUUUCCUUCUAGGCUUACUCCCUUAUCAUUCCCAAAUUCUCCUUUGUUUGGACGGAGAGCGUUACGAAUUCUUUUUGUUGCCGCGGCUAAGAGCAGUUCCAAUGUUAUCUCAAACGACAGCAGCAGCCAGAAAUCAACCUCGAAAAGCCCUAGUAAAGAUAACGAUAAGAAAGUCGUUGAAGAAGAGGAGAUAGAGGUGGAGGAGGAGUUGCCAUGGAUUCAAGAGAAAGCCUUGGACCUGGUGGAGUUCACGGGCUCUGUUACUCAGGCCAUUCCUGGGCCAAGAGUUGGCCAGAGUUCCUUGCCUUGGAUUCUUGCUCUCCCUUUGGCUUAUGCUGGUAUAACCUUUGUUAUUGCUUUUCUUAAGACUCUCAAGAAGUUUUCUUCUCCCAAAGAGAAGCGCAGGAAACUGGUCAGUAAAAAUGCUAUGCUAUGCAAAGCUGUUGAUGAAUUAUUUCAAAAAGGAGGAGAUGCAUUACAACCGUCGGCCCUGAAGGUACUGGAGAAUAAGACAGGUUUUAGCAUGGAGGAUAUUUUGCGCAAGUACAUCCGAUAUGCAUUGAAUGAGAAACCAUUUAAUCCGGAACUGGUUGCCAACUUAAUCCAGCUUAGGAAAGUGUCAAUGUUGGAUGAUUCUAAAGUUGCUGAAAUUUUGAAUGACAUCUCAAGACGGAUUGUGAAGGAAAAAGGCCCAGUUGUCAUGGAUAUGACAGGGUAUACUGAAAGAGGAUUUAAGAGAAAACUUGCUGUUCAGAUCCUUUUUGGAAAGGUGUACUAUUUGUCUGAGCUGCCAGAGUUCUGUUCGAGGGAUAGCUCCUUAGUGGUCAGAGAGAUAUUUGGGGUUACAGAUGAGGAUGCUGAAAAACUUCGCCUGCACACUCUUUCUGAAGCUGGUGAUAUGGAUUCACUUGAGAAAAUGGUUGAUGGUUCAGAUUCUGAUUCAGAAGAUUCGGAUGAGCACUCAUCUAAAGCUCGUUGAUUUGAUAUAGGUGCCAACUGCCAUGACUUCUGAAUAUAGAGCGUUUCAAGGUUUUCCAACAGUUGAAAUGGAAAAUGCAUACUGCAGAUGUGGAGGAUGAUGUUGGAUCAUGUAGACUUUAAAAUUUUGACUGCUCUCAAAUGUUUUUCUGUUGAAAUCGAGUGAGUCUAGAGGUCAUAUUAUUACAGGAAUCCUAUGGACUUCAAUUUUGGACUCGGACCAUUUGAUUUCUUUUUUAAAUAAAUUCAAUUGAGUUUUAUACUCUUA